AUGGUGACAACCACUAUGAUCGCCGCCUCAACCAGCACUACCAGCGGAACCUCCGCACAUUCACGAUGCCACCUGCGACAUCCCAAAUUCUUGAAUUAUAAGGCCAUGAUCGAAACCUGCGCUCAGCCCCCCAGCGUGCUCACUUACGACAAUGAUUGCGAUUCUAAAACCAAUGCAACUGCUACUGCGACUUCUUACCCGACCACCACCACAGAUACCUCGACAUCGAUGAAGGUAAAGUCUACAUCGACUGCCACAGGCUUCUGCAUCCAGUUCUUCCACCUCUACCACUAA